AUGUGUGACCAUGGAGCCUCCUCUGCCACUCAUGCCACCAGUGCCUCACCUUUCUCCGAUGCUACCCGUGCCACUCAUGCCACCUCAGCAGCCUCCUCUGCCACUCACACCACCAGUGCCUCAGCAGCCUCCUUUGCCACUCACACCACCAGUGCCUCAGCAGCCUGCUUUGCCACUCACACCACCAGUGCCUCAGCAGCCUCCUCUGCCCCUCACACCACCAGUGCCUCAGCUGCCUCCUCUGCCACUCACACCACCAGUGCCUCAGCAGCCUCCUCUGCCACUCAGGCCACCAGUGCCUCAGCUGCCUCCUCUGCCACUCACACCACCAGUGCCUCAGCUGCCUCCUCUGCCACUCAGGCCACCAGUGCCUCAGCAGCCUCCUCUGCCACUCACACCACCAGUGCCUCAGCUGCCUCCUCUGCCACUCAUGCCGCCAGUGACCAUGGAGCCUCCUCUUUCUCCUAUUAUUCGACCAUUUCCAACCUUCAAAGGAGAAAUGUGUCUACAUAUUGUAAGAGGUGUGGGAUAUGUGGAACAUUCUACCGCUACCAAGAGUGGACUGAGGGGCUACACAACUUUGAUGAUCACGUCAUUCUGACAUUGCAUCUUUGCCUUUUCCUGAGACAGUCUGUGCAGAAUCACACUGCAGUUGGGAGGGCUAUUGACAUCCUCGAACAAACCAACAAUAACAAAUUUCCAAACCAUGACUCCAUUCUACAUGGUUAUCUGCACUUUGAGGCACUGACAGCACAUGAUUAUAAUUAUUCUUGUGUAAAUUGUGGGGUCCAUCCACCUGUCGUUAUUAUGGAUUUACAUAAAAAGGGAGUGUUUAGUAUGCCGGUGAGUGACCUUGAAGUUCCCCCAUCGAACUUUGAUGGACAUGUUGAUGCUGAGGAAUUCUGGCACUCUGUUGAGAAAGAAAUUCUUUGCAGAGGGUUUUUAAAAAGUAAUCGAGACAAUCCCUGUAAAGUCUCUCCUUCAUAUGAUAAAUGGGCACCAUGGAUUGGUCCUCAUACGAGAGCUGAGAAAGUGCUCCUCAAUACAGAGUAUGCCAAACUUUCAUCGAAAACAUCUGUAGCAGAAAAAGCUGAAGUUGAAAUAUCAGAGGAACGUCUGUCAAGUGAACUUAUGAACUUGAAGGUUGAUACUUUGAGGAAACUUGUUCGUCAGUGUGGCGUUGACUCAAAGGGAUCCAAAAUGGAUCUCCUCCUGCGUUUGAGGGACGAGAUGAAAACCAGGAGCACCUAUGAUAAAGUGUUUCAAACUGUUUGGGGAGCAUCAGGUGGCUGGGCAGUCAUCAUGUGCCCUUGUGGCAUUGUAAACUCUGUUAAAUUCAAUAUAAGAGCUGAAAGCCCAAGAGACUAUACUGACAUGUUGCUUUCCUUUAAACAUUUCCCAAACGUCGUAAUAUAUGAUUUUGCGCGAGGAUUAGUGACCCACACCAACCUACGGGAGCCAGAGAGACUGCCCUUCAGCCCACAUGAAGGAAGACUGGUGACAGCUACACCAGAGAACAUUUCAUGUGCCAAGAGUGGGAAACUAAGGAUCAGUUUGCCGUGGUUGCAGACGAAAAAAUGCCCACCGGAUGUUAAUGGUCAUCCUGAAACAGGCUCUGCAGAACAUUAUGCACUAUAUGACACGUUUCAUCAAUUCAACACAAAAGAUGAAAAGGAUUCUCUGACUAGUCUAGUUGGACUAGUACCAGAGCUAUGUGGGUGGCUCAAUUCCCAGACAGUGGAGCAGCUCUUCUCUGGAAUGCGUAAAAACAACUACUUUAUGAACUCUCUUUCCCCAUCAAGCCAUGUAUUCCUGAUGCGCAACAUCUUACACCAUCGUAAUGAGAGACUUAACCAGCAGGCCAUUGAUGGAUUGAAGAAAGCUUUUAACGGAAAUGUCAUCCUUCACUCAAAUGGAAAAGCCGUCCUCACCACCAGCGUGUUGCUUCCCUUCAAUGCCUCUGCAGCUGUCGGUUCCUCUGCUGCCACCACUGCCACUGCCACAGCUGCCACCACUGCAGUGUCAAGAAAGUCACAAGGGACACAGAAAUACCGAGCAAAGGGUGAGGACAGACUUGGCUGUGGAUGGCAUUGUGAGGCUGCAACACAGACCUGCAACCUCAGACCAUGUCGGUCCUCCUGGACAUUAGGAGACCACCCAGAGCAACAACAAUUGCUGGAAUACAUCCUACAUGAUAAACAUCCAAAUGAAAUUAUCAUCAAAGAUGGCAAUACUUGCCUUACAAGGGAAAAUUUCCAGACUUUGGGGCUUCGGAGGGACAUGGAUUCAGAGAUGGGAAAUGCUUGUCUGCGCCUCGUUCAGGAGAUCUUGCAGAUACAGGGGAAAUCAGUUCAUGUUGUGGACAUCUACAAACCCCCAACGUGGCUGCCACCCUUGAAUUGCAACCCUUCUGAGUGCUUGCCUGUUAUGAAGCCAAUGCAGAGGGAAAUUCUGUUCAUUGACUCUCAUUAUCACAUAAGAAAGCAGGGCUUUGGACACGACGCCUAUCACAGUUGUUUAAGUGAUCUUGCAAAGCAGCUGGUUCCAGGCCCCUGGAUUGUGAAAACAGGGCAAGACAUAGUGGGACUUCCCCAACAGACACACGGCAACGACUGUGGGAUUUUUAUGAUAAUGUAUACUUGGUACCUAAUACUUGGCGCACCAUUCGACUUCACUGUUGUUGACAUGCCAGUUCUGCGGAGAUGGUGGUGUACAGUGCUGGUGGAAAACUUCCACCUCGAAGGGCAUGGAAGACGGUUCGCCCAUUUCACCAAAGAGGGAAUAGAAAUGGUGAAUGGGCUUUCUUUACCUGUCUUCAGAGUGGAGAGGAAAAGAAAGCCUAUUGAAGAGACAAAUCAGGACCUUUGGACAAUUGCAGACCACUGCUAUGCCAAAAAAACUAAGUUGAAAAGUGAAUCUGAGGAAAAUCCUGAGCUGCUGGAGGAAGCGGUAAAAGAAGCACAGCGGGUGCGGCAACUUCAGUGUGCUGAGCUGAUCAACUGCAUGAAGGGCAGCACUUCAAUAAGGAAACACCUUGAGGCUAUCAUAACUGGGGAUCUUGUCUCAGCAUGGGAACACAGGAAGGAGAGGCCAACCCUUUACUUUGAGGAUGAUCAACUUGAUGAGGCUGUCUCAUUUUUGUUUGGGAUCAUCAGGGAGACACCAAGAACAAGACGGCUAGAAGACUGGGUUGACUUCACCAUCAAUGUGCUCUUACCGGAAGUGACAGUUCACACCCUGGCUAUAAAAUAUGACAUGCCAAUGCAAGAGGCUAUUGUCAGAUACAAAAAAGGGAUACAGUAUGAACCAUGUGAAUUGAAAAUGAUUGAGAAAGCGUUAGUGAAGAACUUACCUGAGGACGCAGCAGUGAAGCUCAGAGCUUUCAAAAAGAGAAUGGAAAGAGCCCUUUCCCUCAGAGGAGAGGGCUGGCUCUAAUACAGUUGUGUGAAAAAAAUAUUCUCCCAAAAUGUCUUGGAGAUCAUCUAGAUGUUUUUUGGAAAAACUGACUUGACUUUUUAUGUUCUUUAUGCUCAGUAGUGGUUUUCGCCUUGGAACUCUGACAUGGAGGCCAUUUUCGCCCCUUGUCCAUCUUAUUGUAAAGUCAUGAACAUUGACCUUAACUGAGUCCAGUGAGUUCUGCAGGUCUUUGGGUGUUGUUCUGGGGGCUUUUGUGACCU